UGGAAGGGGAAGGACCUGUUUGAUCUAGUAUGCAGGACACUAGGACUCCGAGAAACCUGGUUCUUCGGGCUUCAAUACACUAUCAAGGAUACGGUGGCUUGGCUCAAAAUGGACAAGAAGGUUCUGGAUCAUGAUGUUCCAACAGAGGAGCCCGUCACCUUUCACUUCUUGGCCAAAUUUUAUCCUGAGAAUGCAGAGGAGGAACUGGUCCAGGAAAUCACACAGCACUUGUUCUUCCUGCAGGUGAAGAAGCAGAUUUUGGAUGAGAAGAUCUACUGUCCUCCUGAAGCUUCUGUCCUGCUGGCCUCUUACGCUGUCCAAGCCAAGUACGGCGAUUACGAUCCCAAUGUCCACAAGCGAGGCUUCUUGGCACAAGAGGAGUUGCUUCCAAAGCGGGUAAUAAACCUGUACCAGAUGACUCCAGAGAUGUGGGAGGAAAGGAUAACAGCCUGGUAUGCAGAGCACCGAGGCAGAGCAAGAGAUGAAGCUGAAAUGGAGUAUUUGAAAAUAGCUCAGGACUUGGAGAUGUAUGGAGUGAACUAUUUUGCGAUUAGGAAUAAAAAGGGCACUGAACUGCUCCUUGGAGUUGACGCCUUGGGUCUUCAUAUUUAUGACCCAGACAACAGGUUGACCCCUAAAAUCUCCUUUCCAUGGAAUGAGAUCCGGAAUAUCUCAUACAGCGAUAAAGAGUUUACUAUUAAGCCAUUGGACAAAAAGAUUGAUGUUUUUAAAUUCAAUUCAUCAAAGCUGCGUGUGAAUAAGCUGAUUCUUCAGCUGUGUAUUGGAAACCACGACCUCUUCAUGAGGAGGAGAAAGGCAGACUCGUUGGAGGUCCAGCAGAUGAAAGCACAGGCCAGGGAGGAGAAAGCCAGGAAGCAGAUGGAACGGCAGCGCCUGGCCCGAGAGAAGCAAAUGAGAGAAGAGGCUGAGAGGACAAGGGACGAGCUGGAGAGAAGAUUGAUGCAGUUAAAGGAAGAGGCAACGAUGGCCAACGAGGCUCUGAUGAGGUCUGAAGAGACAGCGGACUUGCUGGCUGAGAAGGCUCAGAUCACAGAGGAGGAGGCCAAGCUCCUGGCUCAGAAAGCAGCUGAGGCUGAACAGGAGAUGCAGCGAAUCAAAGCCACAGCCAUCCGGACAGAGGAGGAGAAGCGACUGAUGGAACAGAAGGUGCUAGAGGCAGAGAUGUUGGCACUGAAAAUGGCGGAGGAGUCGGAGAGGAGGGCGAAGGAGGCUGAUCAGCUAAAGCAAGACCUUCAGGAGGCUCGUGAAUCUGAGCGAAGAGCAAAGCAGAAGCUUUUGGAGAUCACUAGCAAGUCGUCCUACACA